AUGGUCGAAAGCUCGUCUCCGACAACCACUAUCCACCGGUACCAAGGCCAUGAAGGUUGGACUUCAGUAGCUCGAGGUGCCGUGUUCCAUGGUAUUCAGGCAAAUAGCCAGUCAAAUCAGCCGAUUGUGCAGGUUAAUGCUCGAGCCUCAGGAGAAGGCUAUGGCUUAGAAAGUAGAACUGAUGGAUCCAUUCUUUGGCUUGUCCACUGGGGCGAUGAACUCUCUGCUGACGGCCAAAACAGAAGACCUGUUGAUCCACAGGCAGUGUGGCAUGGGAGAGAUGACCGUUUUUACGUGAACAUGUAUCGCCAAGAGGGGCCAAAUGCAAUCCCUGGAUUUGCAAGCUGCCUGUCCUGGAAUGCCGUGGGUGAGCUCCAGAACUUGGAGUUCAAUUUUCAUUGGGAUGGCACCAAGAUGCAUUACGUGCUGCUGUAUCAAGGAAACCAACAAGUUCCUUUGACUAUCGAGAACUACUAUGAUCUUUGA